CGAAACAUGGCGGCCUCCAUCAGGGCGCUUGCCCUUAGAGUUCUGUCCGAUUCUACGCGAAAUAUUUAUCGUGUUUCAAGGUGUCGAGUCAAACAUUUAUGCUGUCGUGCUGGAAUCACAGGGUGUCGCGGAUAUAGCGAUAGCACAGAGGGUAGAAGUACGCACUUUGGUUUCCAAACAGUUCCAGAGGAGGAGAAAGCAGAGAAAGUGUAUAAGGUGUUUGAAAGUGUGGCCAAGAAGUAUGACGUGAUGAAUGACGCCAUGAGUUUGGGAAUACACAGACUGUGGAAAGACACACUUCUGCACAUUAUGAAUCCUCAACCGGGACUACGACUGCUGGACACAGCUGGUGGCACAGGUGACAUCUCUUUCCGUUUCCUGGAGUACACGCGCUCAAUGUAUGAUCGUCAGCAGCGGUUGAAAGCAAAAUCUUAUCAGACUCCAUCGUGGCGGGAUAUCACCAAUCAUUAUGUGUCAGACGAAGCAGGGUGUCCACAGUCCCGUGCUGUGGUGUGUGACAUCAAUAAAGAAAUGCUCAAAGUUGGUAAACAGAGGGCGGAAAAAGCAGGAAUCACUACAGGUCUUUCUUGGGUCGUGGGUGAUGCAGAAGAGCUCCCGUUUGAUGACGAUCAGUUCGACAUAUACACUAUUGCAUUCGGCAUCAGAAAUGUCACCCACAUAGAGCAAGCUCUUCAAGAAGCUUUCCGUGUCCUUAAACCAGGUGGACGCUUCAUGUGUUUAGAAUUCAGCAAAGUGACCAACCCUCUUCUCGCAAGGCUGUAUGAUGCAUAUAGUUUUCAGAUGAUCCCUGUGUUGGGUGAAGUGAUUGCUGGAGACUGGAAAUCAUAUCAGUAUUUGGUAGAGAGCAUCCGAAAGUUCCCAGACCAGGAAACAUUCAAGGAAAUGAUUGAGGAUGCCGGCUUCUUCUGUGUCCAGUAUUUUAACCUGACAGGAGGAAUCGUUGCUAUUCAUUCAGGAUUCAAGCUUUGAGUGGACCAGACACUGGGGUCACAGGAAACUCAGUAUGAAAAGUCCUUUGUUCUUGUAUUUGUUCUGUUGGCAAUGGAAACACUUUCACCCUCUAAAGUGAAAAUAGCAGAGACUGAAAUGUUCUUUGAAGUGUUGUGGGUUUGAUUGAGAUGUUGAAAAUGGCUUAAUUUUUAAAGGCUGAUGAAAUGUGAGCACUAUUUUUAUUUGUACAAGCUGGACAAUGUUUUUGGUUUUUGGUCACUGGGAAGCACAUGCUGCCCUAAUAAAAGAAACAAUUUGUGCUUUGAUCCCAUUACAAAACGUAAGUUUAGUAAUAAAUGCUCCCACUGCAGUGACUCAUUAAGAAUGCAGAGCUUUCGCUCUAUUCUAAAUCUGUAUCAAAUUUCUGCAAAAGUGGAUCCACACACUUUUGGAAUUGGUUCUUGAAAUGAAAAACAUCCCUGUGAUGUGUUGUGCUUGGCGAAAAGGAAACACUCAAAUGUGUGUUUUUACUUUAAUAAAACCAUAUAUUUUUUAA